AUGACUACUUCACUUGAAAACGGGGUAUCUCAUUUGAAUAUCUACAAAACUACUUCCAACACUUCAAGUCAAAUCAGUUUGAAACAUGAUUACAUUGACUCCCCAUUCAGCGGUAAAAAAGACCAAUUCGAACAAGUUUUGGAUGUUUUGGACUCCACUGGUUUUAUUCCUGAAUCAUUGAUUGAAUCAGAAACUAAAUGGUUUUACGAAAGCUUGGGAAUUGAUGACGUCUUUUUCGCUAGAUCUUCUCCAGAAGAUAUUGCUUCCCAUAUCCAUGCUUUAUACUCUUGUAAAGUUCAAGCUUACUCCAGUUUUGGUGAACAACCAUUGAUUUCUUACAAGAGAGAAUCUGAUGAUCAUGCUGUGUUUUUUGACACUGUUGAUGCUGAAAACUACAAGAGAAACCAAUUUGAAGAAAGAAUCGAUGAUAAAUAUAUCGAUCCUUCCAAUUCCACCACCAACAGUUAUAGAACUGAAUACUAUAGUGCUCCCUUAAACUACCAAGUUGAUCCAAUUUUACUGGGUGUUUACCAACAAAAUUCUGAAUUGCGCAAUCAGUUUGUCAGAUUAUUCUUUGUUUACAAGAACCAAUAUAUCCAAGCCCAAGUGGAUAAAAAUGAAACUGAUUUAGAGAAAAUUGGUGACAAGACUUUCUUGCAAAUUGCUUCUGACAACACCAAGAAUUUAUACACUUCAAUUGUUAAAGAUGUGAUCAAUACUACUGGUCCUGUUAUUAGACACUUCCCAAUUGAAGAUUCUGAAGAAUACAGAGUUGUUAUUGGUUACAGACAAAACUCAACUGCUAGAUACAAUUCCGCUUUGGGUGAUUUGGCUAACUACUACAAGUUGCACGUUACCAGAAAAUAUGUUGAACAAUUUGCUAAUGGCGUAACAAUUAUUUCCAUGUAUGUGACUUCUAAGCUGAGAAAAUCCCCUGUUGAUUUGUCCAUCUACCAAGUUAUUAAGGAAGCUUCUUUAUUGUACUGUAUUCCUCACAAUUUCUUCCAUGACAGAUUCAUUCAAGGUGAAUUAUCUUUGCAAGAAUCUAUUUAUGCACAAUCCGGUGUUAUUUUUGUGACACAUUUCUUGAAUCGUUUGGGUCCAGAAUACUCCAAAUUGUCUUCUUUGUUGGAUCCUUCAAAAUCCAUUGAACAUGCUGAAGUUUUGAAUAGUUUGAAGAAGAGAUUGAGAGCUGAAACUUAUACUCAAGAUUACAUUAAAGAAGUUUUCGAUACUAGAAGAGACAUUGUUAGAAAAUUGUACCGUCAAUUUGCUGAUGUUCACUACAUUAGAUCAUCUAUGGAAAAGACUUUGUCAUACCAAAGAUUAUCACAAAUCACCCCAGUUGGUUCUGAAGAAGAAUUUGAAAAAUUGUUAAGCAGAGAAUGCUCUCAAAAUGAACAUCAUGCUGUUGUUUUAAGAGCUUUAUACACUUUUAACAAGUCUAUUUUGAAGACCAAUUUUUACACUUCCACUAAAGUUGCUUUAUCUUUUAGAUUGAACCCAUCUUUCUUGCCAGAAUCCGAAUACCCAGAACGUCCUUACGGUAUGUUUUUCGUUGUUGGUAGUGAUUUCAGAGGUUUCCACAUUAGAUUCAGAGAUAUUGCCCGUGGUGGUAUCAGAAUUGUUAGAUCAAGAUCAUUGGAUGCUUAUAAUGUCAAUGCCAGAAACUUGUUUGAUGAAAACUAUAAUUUGGCCAAUACUCAACAACGUAAAAACAAGGAUAUUCCAGAAGGUGGUUCCAAAGGUGUUAUCUUGUUGGAUCAUGGCUCAGCUCAAGAACGUCCACAAGCUUGUUUUGAAAAAUAUAUUGAUGCUUUGAUUGAUUUGUUGUUAAAACAACACAUUCCAGGUGUUAAAGACAGCUAUGUUGAUUUGUACCAAAAACCAGAAAUAUUAUUCUUGGGUCCAGAUGAAGGUACCGCUGGUUAUGUUGAUUGGGCUACUUUACAUGCCAGAGAAAGAGGUGCUCCAUGGUGGAAAUCCUUCUUAACUGGUAAAUCUCCAGAAAUUGGUGGUAUUCCUCAUGAUGAAUACGGUAUGACUACUUUGUCUGUUCGUGCUUAUGUCAACAAGAUCUACGAAAAAUUGAACAUUGAUGAUGCUACUAUUCGUAAAUUUCAAACUGGUGGUCCAGAUGGUGAUUUGGGAUCUAAUGAAAUUUUGUUAUCCAGAAAAGAAAACUAUGUUGGUAUUGUUGAUGGUUCUGGUGUUAUUGCCGACCCACAAGGUUUGGACAAACAAGAAUUACUCAGAUUGGCUAAAGAGAGAAAGAUGAUUGAACAUUAUGAUAGAUCUAAAUUAUCUCCACAAGGUUAUAUUGUUUUGGUUGAUGAUAUGGAUGUUAAGUUGCCAAGUGGUGAUAUUGUUACCAGUGGUGUUGCCUUCAGAAAUACAUUCCACUUGAAAUUGAAAGAACAAUUUGGUACUAACGGUGUUGACUUGUUUGUUCCAUGUGGUGGUAGACCAGCUGCAAUUGAUACCAACAAUGUCCAUGAAUUGAUUGAUGAAAAGACUGGCAAGUCUGUUGUCCCAUACUUCGUAGAAGGUGCCAACUUGUUCAUUACACAAUCUGCUAAAUUGAUUUUAGAAAAAGCAGGUAUCAUCAUCUUUAAAGAUGCCUCGACCAACAAAGGUGGUGUUACUUCCUCAUCUUUGGAAGUUUUGUCUGCUUUGGCAUUUGACGACAAAGGGUUCUUGGACAAUAUGUGUGUUGAUCCAAAGACUGGUGCUAAACCACAGUUCUACCAAGAUUAUGUUAAAGAUGUUCAAAAGAUUAUUGUCCGUAAUGCUGAAGCUGAAUUUGAAUCCUUGUGGAAAUUGAAAGCUGAAACUGGUACUCCAUUCACUAUUUUGUCUGAUAAAUUGAGUGUUGCUAUUAACAAAUUGGGUGAUGAAUUAGCUAAUUCUAAAGAAUUAUGGGAAGAUGAUAUUGAAUUUAGAAAUGCUGUCUUGUUAGAUUCUUUGCCACCACUAUUAUUGGAAAAAGUUGGUAUUGAAAAUGUUUUGGCUAGAGUUCCAGAAGCAUACUUGAAGGCUAUCUUUGCAACCCAUUUGGCUUCUAAAUUUGUUUACUCAAGAGGUAUUGAUUCCAACCCUGCUAAGUUCUUAGAGUUCAUUAGUUCAAUUAGAAAAGAAUUUGUCAAAAAGGGAUUACUCAAAUAUUAA